GUUGUAGGUUGCUCUUCACGCGCAAAGAUUGAAUCUUGACGUUGAGUCGGGUUUUUUUUCCCUUGCCGAGCAUGUCUUGUGAUAGUCUGUUGGGUCUUGAAGAUGCCAUGGAUAUGUUUCUGCAGUCAGUGGACUUGUCUAACGAUAUUGAUAUGGGUGAAUUCGACUUUGCAUUAAAAGCUUCAGAGCUCCUCGAAAACUCAGACAGUGAUAGUGGAAUAAGCGUUGCAGGGGAAAAGCAACCAAUAAACCAAGAAACUAAUGUACGACCCAACGACACUGGUACUGAUUAUGUUCUGACUGAUGUUGUCGAUGCUACAACACGUGUGUCCGACAUUUUGCAUGCAAAUGACAAACGUUGCGGGGUCCAGGUGAAUGGUUUGUCAAAGAGCAUACCUAUCAAUAAACCGGGCUCUAACUCUACUAUUCCUAAAUUUAAAAGGAUUAUUAUCAACUCUGUUGGUGAAAAACGUCUACUACACAGCUCUUUGGUAAAGCCAUACUUUUCGGCUUUCUAUCCUCAGAGCGUAAAUUCUGGUGUUGGUCACAAUUUGGCUGUACCAAAUGUAUUGCAGCCGUCGGAGCAUUCUGGUGUCACAGUAAAAACUGUGCCUUCUAGUGUUACUCCGUCGUUUGAAUCCUCAAACACAUCUCCGGGAUCUUCUGUGAAUUCACCUACUAAAUCAAGCAUGGAUUGCCGCUCAUUAGACGAGUUUUUUUCCGCAGUAAAUGGGGUAACUGAAACUUAUGAAUACUGUAGGAACGCGAUUCCUUCAGAUCCUUCACUAUGGCAGCAUUCAAAAAAUAUCCCGAGCACAUCAUAUCCUGAUUCUGUUUUCGGGAGUAGUUCUCAAUUCUCACCAACGUCAUUUCUUGAUGUGCAAGAUUUUUCGGGACCUAACGAAUCCAUCAUAACACAGACCGACUUGGAACGCAUACGUAAAAAGCAAGAAAGAAUGGUGAAAAAUAGACAAGCAGCAUGUCUAAGCCGGUUACGUAAGAAGGAGUACCUAGAAAGGUUAGAAAUGAAGUUCGAGCAGCUAAAACGUGAAAACCUUUUACUUUGGCGCCAGAAUGAAGAGUGGCGUGCACGAUGUUUCCGUUUGGAACGUUGUAUUGAAGAUUUACAGUCACGGCUUCCAAGCUCUAUAAAUUCAGAAAACCUAAUUGUUAAAUCUCAGUCGUUUGACGUAAGUUCAGACGAGACGACAAAUAUUUCUUCACACCUUGACAAACAAAUUACUCCUCGAGAGGCUUGUUGCAAAACAGUUUCUGUGCACACAUUAGCACCACUCAAUGAAGUCACUGUUGGUUUCAAAUCAGAUACUCCACUUAGUCGUCUUCCAAGGUUGUCUGAUCUUGGAAAAAGCAAGACAGUUUCAAUUCAGCAUUUAAAAAAUUGCCAAAACGUAGCUCCCACUCAAAAAACGACCUACUUUACGAGUGUAAAUUCCCCAAGAACGUUCAAAUGGGAUAGUUCUUCAAAGAAAUUGUUACUUACAAGUAAAGUUGAUGUUGAAUCGCAUUCACAGUCUCUAUCACAUCAGUCUCAACUCAAAUCAAUUACUAAAACCUUGAUUUCUCCUCAGCGAAUCGUUCCUACCGUCAGUCAUCGAUCUAAAGUAAUUGCUACCACAAGUUUACUGGUUAUGUGCGGUCUGUUAGCCGUGAAUAUAGUUCCUUUAUCAGAUUUAUAUUCUGGAUUAGGAUUCGUAUCUUCACAUAGCAUGUCUUAUGAUGGUGGCUCCCUUGCUGCUGGAAAAUUUGCUUUUGGUUAUCCCGGGCUAUGGUCAUCUGUGCCACAUUUUCCAACUGGGCGACGUCUUUUAUUAAAUAUUCCACCUACACAAGAAGAUGUUUUAACAAAUGAUAAUUCACUGCAGAACGCCUCAAAUAAUGAAUUUCUAUUUUCUGGAAAAUUUCCAACUAACCAUUCUACUAACAACUGUGGUCCUAAUAAAAACAUGAGUUGCGCAGAGAAUUCCUUACUUACGGAUUCCAGACAAAUUUUUCAAGGUUGGAUUAAAAGGCAUGCUGUAUCUACCAGUAAUCAGUCCCGUGUAUACAGGUUACUACUCACUUCAUCUCUUCAUAGUCUAAACGCGUUUGAACACCGACAACAUAUAGUCAGUUCAUCAAAACUUUCACAACAAAAUGUAUUACAUACUCAAAAACCUGCUUUCUUACCUAUGACACAUUUAAAUAAUUCAUCUUCCAAAUCGAUUUCGCCGUCAAGAAAUGAGUCAUUAGAACGCUUUUCGGCUAGGAAAAUUAACGGUUCUAUUCUGAAUGUUACAACUGAAUCAUUACCGCCCAACUUUCCUCCACCUCAUCGUCCUCCAAUAUGGAAAAAAUAUGAUUUGCAGCCUUACAUUCAUCCUGCUGUUCACGCGUUUGAAAAAUUAUUUAAUAUAGUUAAUCGUCGCAAUGAUACAGCAUACAUUGUUUUUUUAAACCGGGAUCAUUUCCUCCUGCCUUCAGUUGAUCCAUUACCUGCAAAUAUGAAACAGAAAAUAACGUUCCUACUUCCAGCUCAUUCUGUGAUCAACGGUUUAAUAUCUUGAGAUGGUGGAGAUUUGUAGCUCAGGUAGAUGAUUUUGAUGGAGUUUUGUUCUCUGAGCUGGAUGGUUUGGUCGUGGAGCUUUCAUCGUUCUUCUGAACGACAUCAUCAACACAAACUUCAGGUAGAAGUGAAAUGUUUAUUAUGUUCUACUACAUACAUUUGGUGUCCGUAAUCUUUAACCGCUUGAAUGUAUACACCUUAAUCUACGCAGUUAUGAAUGUUCAUAAACAUUGAUAUGUAGAGAGUAAUUACGAUGUUUUUGCAAAACUGUCGACUUCUUUUUAGUGUUUAACAUAACGUCAUCACCUAGGUAAUUGUGCGAAUUUCAAGUGCACAAAACAAUGUCCGACUCUCACUCGUCUUUUGUGUGAAUAAUAUCUCCACGUUCCAUUUAUUUAUUCCUUAAAAAGUUAAUGUAAAUACAACUCCAUAAAAUGUUUUCAUUUUCCUAUUUCUCACAUCUAUGUGUCAUAUUUUUUCCUAAAUUCGUGUUAUAAACCAUAAAAGUAAGAGCAAUUCAUUCACAUAACAUCUCUCGUUUCAAUGAAUUCAUUUCUAUAAGCUGUACAAUCUCAAAUAUAUACUUUUUUAUAGUGAUAAUAAGUAAUAUAUUUGUCAAAAACAUUAAUUUAGUAAGCAUAGAGAAGAGAACCUACUAGGAAAUUGAAAAAUCUUAUUGUUGGGAUCAUAAAACUCAAUAAAAACGUCAUAGAAGUUAAAGAGUAAUAAUUCAGUAGGGGUAUUGUAUCACACAAUAAAAUAAAAUAUUGGGAUGAAAUAUCAUCAGGAGGUAAUGGAAAUAAAGCAAAUCGGUUAAACGGUCAGUGGAAGAGGGUAAUAACUUUGGGAAACUAGAGGUUGGACAGAUUUCUUUUGUGUACAGUUUUGGCUUAACUAGAUGCAUGAAAAAUACUCCACCAACCCUAAGAAUACAUAAUUUCACUCUUUGAUGGAUUUCUGUUUCCUUUAUAAGUGUCUUUCAACCCUAAGUCUGUUUUUGAUUGAACGAUUCGUGCUCUUAAGGUGUUCAACUAUGGGGCUCCUUACGCAUCCAUCUUCUUGGACGGAAUACUCGUGAACAUGGUUAUAAAAACGUAAAUAUUGAUUCUGUGAGCUGAAACGAUAACCGCUUAUUGAAUCAUACUUUCAUAUCUAUGAACCAUAAAAACGCAUGUGAAAUAAAUUUAAUUAAAACUGAAAUCUCACUCUUAGUUGCACAUGAGCCUCAGUUGAUCAGUGACUUAAAAAGUUUUAUUAAUUAUCAUUACAUAUUAAAUAUCAAAUCAGAUCUGCUUGGCAUGAUCAAUAUUUAAAUAGUUAGUGUUGGCAACAGUUUCCUUAAUUAUCAGACAUAUGAUCUUAUCUUUUUUUUAAAAAAACCUCUAUAGGAUCGUCUGUUGAUGGUGAAGAUAAUUAUUAUAAUAGUUCAGAUUCCAUUUUAACUGUGCUGCAAUUAGAUUGUGAAAUAACGAAUGCUACAUUAUUACAAUCACCUGUAUAUAAUUCUCAUGAAAAACGCUCGCCUAAUAACCAUUAAUCAAUUAUUUAUUUAACUCCUUUUUUUGAAUCCAUCUUUUUCUGCUUUUAUUUAUAUUCGUAAUGAUUAUUUUGUAUAUUUUUUCCUUCAGUGUUUUCAUUGUAAACUAUUCAACGUGUUCACUGUUAAAAAUUUCAUAUCUCAUUUCACUGAAUAAAGAAGUUGGUUGUUUUUUUUUCUUUUCGUUUUACCAUAACGUUACUUACAUUUCAAUGAUCCUAAUUUAUGUUAUUAUAGUCUGUGUUCAUUUAUUUAUGAUCAAUUAUAUUGUUCUGUUUUACUUCUUGUAUUAUUGUUUCUUUCCUCCUCCUUGUCAUGAUCAAUUUUCUGUGUUUUUUUUCUUUUUUUCUAAAAUGUUUAUUUAUAAUAAAAACCAUUUUCCUUUAAGAACACAACCAUAAUAAUAAGCACUCAAUUCAUCUUCAAUUUAUUCAUACUGUUUAACAUAUUUUUUUUUGUAAUUUUUAACUAAUGUAUGUUAGUUAAUUGAGUGCAAUGAAAAAAAUUGAGAAAAAGAAAGUUUGCUAAUAUUAUUUAUUUUCUAAGUUAAUAUGUAGUAGUAUGUAAACACUAAACUAUUGUGUCAUUUUAAAUAAUAAAUUAUUAUUUCGUAUCAU